CGGGCGGAGAUCCGUCUAUAAAUAAUCAAAUGGUCUUGCGAGUCGGCUGGACUGUCAUGAAUACGUUCAACUACGCCGCCAAUCAGUAGUCACUACCAACCAACGCCACUUAUAUGAUACAUCUAGCUACAUUGCCUCAGCCAAACUACUUAGACCAACCCUUUCGCUCGAUACGACACUAUUGUUUAAGGAGACUGCUAUCGUCUUCCGAUAAACACGCUCGAUCACUUCGACAUGGCCACAGCCGGAAGCUCGAACUCUGAGGAGCCACUUUUCUCUCCAAGCCUUAUAUCGCCAGAAGUCACAGAGCUUCUACCACAAGAGUACUCGAUUCGACCGCUGCAGCGCUCCGAUUACGAGCUCGGCUUCCUCGAUGUCUUACGGGUACUGACUCAGGUCGGCGACAUCUCCAAACCUGAAUUCGAGGCACGAUUCGAUGAGAUGAAGGCUGGAGCAGGCGGAUACCAUGUUCUUGUCAUUCUCAAUGGCGAGCGAAAAAUAGUCGGCACAGGAGCUCUGAUUGUGGAACGGAAGUUCAUCCACAAAUUGGGACUUGUCGGACACAUCGAGGACAUCGCUGUCGCAAAGGAUCAGCAAGGCAAGAAGCUUGGAUUGCGUAUCAUUCAGGCAUUGGACUAUGCCGCGGAGAAGAUUGGCUGUUACAAGACCAUACUUGACUGCAGCGAGGCAAACGAGGGUUUCUACGUGAAGUGUGGCUUCAAAAGAGCUGGAUUGGAGAUGGCACAUUACUAUCAGAAAUCAUCAUGAAAGACAUAGAAGGAUCUUGCAAAGGGUCAUGGAAUGUUCCGGCCUAGGGGAGCAAACACACACACUUCUAAAGAGUCGCGAUGCAAUACGGAUUUCGCUGAGGGCAGUAUUACCUGAUGGCUGGGUCAGAGGAGGCUCAACGAAAUACAACAGGCGGCGAACAUCAUUAAUGGCAUGACAACACGCGGUGCCGUGUAGUAUGCCAGGAAUAAGUGCUGCAGUGCAUUGGGUUUAGAAUAGAAGCAUCGGCACACUCGUAGACGUGCAGCGAUGUUUGCGAUCAGUAACUCCAUUUUCCAAUCGAGAUGUGCAUUGAUCGAAGGCUC